AUGUCUAAAAGAUUGGUUGGGAUAAUUCUGAUGGUUUUGGUUAAGAAAGAGUACCAUCCAUACAUCAAAGAUAUUCGAGGCGAUAGUGCUGGUGUAGGGUUGAUGGGCAUGAUGGGUAAUAAGGGUGGUGUAGCCAUAAGAUUUCGUUUUCAUGAUUCAUACUUGUGCUUUGUGAAUUGUCAUUUGGCGGCAAAUCCGAAUGGGCUAGAAAGGAGAAAUCAAGAUUACAUGGAAAUAUGUAGACGGCUGACUUUUCCUUAUGACACAAACGAAGGAUACUCCACACUGUAUGGUUGGGUUGGCGAUUAUAUACCUCCUUCCGCUAGGUAUGCAGCAGCCGCUGUUGUUGGAAUGGGAGGGAUGUUUAUUCCGGGCGUAAAUGCGCUAAAUGAUCCGUCCACGGAUAUUGUCGGUGCUGGGGCUGUAAUGUCAAUAUUUGAUAACGAUCAUUUAAUCUGGAUGGGUGAUUUAAAUUAUCGCAUCGAUACUUUGCCAGAAUCAGCGGUCAAAUCACUAUUAGAAAAAGGUGAUAUGGAAUUAUUACUAAACUUCGAUCAGCUUAAUAUACAAAGAAAAAAUAAGCAAGCGUUUUAUGAAUUUGAAGAGGGUGAAAUAACAUUCUCACCGACUUAUAAAUAUGAUUUUGGAACAAAUAUAUUUGAUACCAGUGAAAAGAGAAGAACGCCCUCAUGGACAGAUAGAAUAUUAUGGAGGAGUAAGGAAAACGACUGGUGUAGACAAUUGACGUAUAAGAGCCAUAUGGACAUAAUGUUAAGUGAUCAUAAACCAGUCAGUUCAAUUUUUGAAUUAAAGCUUAAAAUAUGUCCAUCUGAGCCACUUGACAUUCCUGAACAUGAGGAUGAUGAAAUGAUAAUGUAUAACAAUGUGAUUAUACUUAAAGACAAUGGGUGUGAACAGACAAAUAGUAAAUAUAAAUCAUUAUGCCAAAAGAAGCAGAAUAGAUUAGUUUGUCUAGUUAAUUAG